GUAUCCUCCUCCUCCUCCUCUUCCUCUUGCUACGGUCAGACAGAGUGCAGCUUCACCCGUCCACAGCUGCACGCCACACGUGUGUGUGUCUGUGUGUGUGUGUGUGUGUGAUGGUUGGGACGACGCCGCUGGAUCGCCAUCACUGAGGGAAUCUUCCAGAAGGAGUGAAGAAGGGGGGUGAGGGGGGGUGGCGUGAAAAACCAAAACAACAAACUGGAUUUGGAUUCCCUGGUCUUGCCCUCGGUCUGGGUGCAACAUGGACAGGACACGACGGCGGCACCGGAUUAGCCGCUGAUGCCAUCGUCAGCCGGGAGGAGGAGCACCAAGUAGUUUAGAGUGGCCCAGGAGGAGAAGAUGCCGUGUGGAGUCAAGACCUUGUGGGCAGGAGGAGGAGGAGGAGGAGGAGGAGUGUUGCUCUGCUGCCUGCUGCUGCUGCUCUGGAGCAUCUACUCACAUCUUCUGGGAGAAGGCCAGCUGGCGGUGGGAACCUGCGAGAUUGUGACGCUCAACAGGGACAGCAGUCUUCCCAGGCGGACCGUCGCCAGGCAGACUGCCCGCUGCGCCUGCGGAAGAGGCCAGAUCGCCGGCACCACGCGAACGAGGCCGGCUUGCGUCGACGCUGGAGCGGUGCGCAGCCGGCAGUGGUGCGAGAUGUCGCCCUGCAUGGAGGGCGAGGUCUGCAGCCUCCUCUUCAACCGCUCGGGGUGGACCUGCACCCGGGCCAGUGGACGCAUCAAGACCGUCACGCCUCUCCCCAAGCAGCCAUCGUAGGACUCCUCCAAGACCCAGGAGAUCCUUGCUAGGAGUUGAACUGUGCUUGAAGAAAAAACAAACAUCUGGUCUUCACUUUCCAGGACUUUUUCCUCCGAGUAGAAAGUGACAACACGUUUCCUGGAGGAUGUUGGGAAGAUUCUUCUUUGAAGGCGAUUUUGCAAACACUCGCCCAACACCUCUUCCUCUUUAUUUGGAUCCCACCGGACAAUGGAACCUGUGGACGCUGUGGAAGGCGAGUCAGCGUGGACCUUGCUGGCGUGGACAACGUGCUGACUCUGCAAAAGUGGACAUUUUCAAUGACUCGCAGUUCAACGUAGGUGUUUUUUUUUUUUUUUUGUAAACGUACACGAUAAAAUACUCCUCUUUGUCUACUACGCACGUCAUCUGUGUGUGUGUGUGUGUGUGUGUGUGUGUGUGUGUGUGUGUGUGUGUGUGUGUGUGUGUGUGUGUGUGUGUGUGUGUGUGUGUGUGUGUGUGUGCCUGCGUGCACAUCUAGGGUUACACCGUGAAAGAAAUCGUACUGAGCUGCAUUUGUCAUACUCCUGUUUGCAUUUUUGAGACACGUCAAAACACAAUAACAGGAUUUUUAGGGUCACACGCUGCCAAGGACAAGAAGAAAAAGUUGUGAUGUUAUGAAAAAUAAUAAGUUGUUAUUGUGGGAAAAAGCUAUUUUUCUAACUGUUUAAGGAACUAAAUACAUUUUACGACAAGUAAGACUUUGUGCAAGUUUGAAUCUUAAGCUGUUUUUAAAUUAAAGUUAAGUAAAUGAUAACAAUAAUUAUACAUAUAUACACACAUAUAUGUAUACAUGUAAAAUAUAUAUAUAUAUAUAUAUAUAUAUAUAUAUAUAUACACAGUAUAUACGUAUAUAUUUACAUAUAGCGCCCUCCGUGACCCCAAAGGUAAUAAGCGGUAGAAAAUGGA